AUGCAUCCUGUGUUACACCUCAUCUGCGCGGCCGUGCUCGCUCUCUGGGACGGGCUGCUGUUCAUCCUCAGUCCCAAGUCAUGGCCUUUCUCGUGGCAUUGCCGUCUUCUCUUCACCUAUGCCCGCCACUACUGCAUAUGCCGCGAUAAGCCCAUCGUCCCCUCCACCGUCGACCACAUCACCCUCUUCCAGCCCUCCACAUACAAAACCACCACCUCCGCCGGCGAGAUCGACAUGUUCGGCCACAAGUCCAAUGCAACCUACUUCACCGACCUCGACAUAGCACGAGCAUCCCACCUCUUCAGCAUCCUCCGGGAGGGCAUGCGCUCAUUCGAAAUUGAAAGCAACAACAUGCUCGCCCACGAGAUGACAGAAAAGGUGCGCGACGUCGAACGCGGCCGGGGAAUUUCCAGCAGCGGACUCCUGCGCUUCGGCAUGGGCGGGGUAUCGUGCAAUUUCAAAAAGGAAAUUAAGCCAGGCCAGAGGUAUGAGGUUUGGACCAGGGUGUGUUCGUGGGACGAGAAGUGGGUAUAUAUCAUUUCUCAUUUUGUGAGCAGAAGGGGAAGGGCUGCAGAGGGUGGUCGGCCGAGGAGUGACUCGGUGACGCCGUUGCUGGACGAGAAAGAUCCAACUGCGCCUGUCAUCCAUGCGGUUGCUCUAUCCAAGUUUGUGUUCAAGGAGGGGAGGAGGACACUGCGUCCUCGGGAGUUCUUUCAGCGCUGCCGGCUGAUUCCGGAAGAUGGCAUGGUGUCGCCAGAGGAUAUCGCACUGAAGAACGCAAUCGAGAUGAAACGGCACAAGGGAGUGAAGAUGGCACAGAACAUGGCCGCACUGGAAGAGGGAUUCUCAUUCUUUGAAACGAACCAAAGUAGAUAUUACUAG